GCUUUAGCACCAAGAUGGAUGCGCCCAUUGCAGUGAACAGUGUUGAAAAGUGAUUUAAAACAAGCUAGUUAUUCCAGUUUCUGAGGCUUGAGUAACAGUUUAUGGAAGAAAAGACAGAAUGAAGAAAUCAACAGUGAAACCAAGGGAGUACAAGUAUACUGAGGUGAAGUCCGUUCAGCCCAAUGCCACAGUAGAUGUAUAUGGUGUUGUCAAAUUUCUAAAGCAACCUUUCAAAACAAGAGGGAGAGACUAUUGUAUGGUAGUAAGUUUGAUGGACCAGACCUGUGGAGAAAAUGAAAAACUGAAAUGUUUGUUAUUCAAUAAUGAACCUGCCAAAUUACCAGAAUUGAACAUAGGAGAUAUUGUCAGAUUUCAUAGACUUAAGAUUUCUAUGUUUAACAAUGAGGAGCAGGGACAGAGUGGUCCAGGAUUUUCUUGGCUUGUAUUUUCUAGCAAGAAAGAUGCAUCUAUAGAUCCUACUUCAUCUCUUUCACCAAACUACACAUUUACUGAUUCAGACAAGCAAAAGAUAGAAGAUUUAAGGACCUGGAUUGCUGAUCAAGAUGAACUUGUUGUAAAAUGUAAGACUGCCAAACUAGAAAACAUCAUUCCACAAAUGUAUUUUGACUUUGUAUGUCAGGUUGUUUCUACUUGCUACUUUGAAAAUGACCAUUGCUUGGUUUUGAGAGUCUGGGAUGGAACGAUCACAAUAUAUCAGCUAAGAAAGUUUGAAUUUGACGAAGAACUGUUACCAUCAUGUGACCAGGAAUUGUUUAAGAAAGCUGAUGGAUUUAUGGUAGACAUAGCACUAUAUGAUGAUCAUUGUGACAAAGCAAAGGAACAUAUUAAGCCAGGAGAUUUUAUAAAGUUGAUCAAUCUACAUGCUGCUGUGUAUAAAACUGCCAACACAGUUUCCACAGACAUUCCAACAAUAGAACUUAUCUUACACAGAGGAAAUUCAUUUGGAAGAGGCUGUGUGUCUGCUGAUGACAAAAUUUUGGAAGAACACUUGCAAAGUAUAAGUAAUUUAACAAGGACCAUAACAAGUGAAAAAUCUUACAAAAAUAAAAAGACAGUAAAGAUUUCUGAUGAACAUCCAGAAAGAGUGAUUGACAACUCCCAGAAACCAUCCACAUCUAAAUACAACAACCAAACAUUUUCAUUAGGACCAGUCAAGACUUCUGAAUUAAAAAGACCCAACCCUUUUUCUGAAUUACUGAACAAUAGUGGUAACAAUGAUAAUAUUGAUGCUGUUACUUCAACUUCUAUUGAUGAACAAAAGUCAUAUAAAGAAAGCGAACAAAAGUCAUGUGGGGAAAAUGAUAUUGAAAAUCAACAGAUGGAAGUUGAUGUUCAUGAUCAGAGAGAGAAUGUAAACUCAUCACAAAAUUAUUCAAGUAGUGGAUCUCGUUGUAUGCAGCAGACAGUCACAGUCAUUCUGGGUCAUCCCCUUGUCAAGGUCUCUAAGAUCAAAGAUGUUCUUCAUGGUGAUGUUCCUUAUAAAUAUAGAAUUAUGGGACAUAUUGAAGACUAUUUUCCUCAUGCUAAAACUGCUUCAGGAUUUCUCAAAUUACAUUGUAAAACUUGUAAUUAUCUUUGUCCUAUUCCUGAAAAAGGAAGAUCAGACUCUUUGUCAUUACAGAAAAAGCAUGGUGGGAUAAACCAUUAUUUUUGUCCUAAAUGUGAAGAAGGGAAAUCGGAGAAAUGCAGGAGAUCAGACAUUAUUUUAGAAUACAUUUAUAUGUUAAGAAUGAAGGUGACAGAUGAAACCGGGAGUUUGAUUAUUAUAUUAUGCACUAGUGAAGCCAUAACAUUUUUCCGAGAUGUUGAACCAAUAGACUUGUUGUCAAAGGAAAGUUUGUGGCAUGAAAUCCGCGAUGAGUUGGACCAGUUGUGUUCUUCGGAUAGACCAUUGUUUGAAUGUUGCAUCAAAUCUUAUAAAGUUGGACAACAAACUAAACAUCAAAUAUUUGACACAUGUCUUGUUUGACAUUAUUGUACUAAGAUUUAAACAUUUUUUACUUUCAGUUUGAAAUGAUAUCAUCAGAUUUAUCUUGUUUAUUUACCAUAUUUAUACGAAACAUGAGUUUUUCAUUUUGUGCAAAGAAGUUGAGGUAUUAACAUUGAGAUCAGUUACCAAAAUACAUAGAACAAUAUAAUGUAGGUGAAAAAAUGUAUAUCAUCCAGAUAAUCAAAAGAUUAACAAGACAUAACAUUUACUUUAAUAUUUCAGUUUACUUUUUACUGAAGGGCUAUGUGAGCUUUUCCCAUCACUUCGCAUCUGUCAUCGUCCUUUAACUUUUACAAAGAUGAUCUCCUCUGAAACUACUGAGCUAUAUUUAACCAAACUUGGCCACAAUCAUCAUUGGGGUAUCUAAUUUAUGAAUUAUAAAUAUGUCCGAUGACAUAGCCUGCCAACCAAGAUGGCUGACAUGGCUAAAAAUAGACCAUAGGGGUAAAAUGAAAGUUUUGUCUAUUAUUUUGAAAAUCGCUAUAAAUAGAGAAAAUCUGACAGGGACAAAAAUGUUCAGAAUGUUGAGCUUAACCUAUUAUCUUUUUACGUUAAAACUGUCAGACAAUUUCUUAUUGGAGUUAUUGCCCUAAAAUGAUGAAUUUUACUACUUUUUUUCCAUUUUACCUUUUAUCUGAAAAACUAUAAUAGAUAGAAACUUUGAACAGCAAAACUGAUCAGUAAGACAAGAUCUUCAAAUGAGUCAAAGAUAAUGGAAAUGGUCAAUCAACUCCUUAUAGAGUUAUUGCCCUUUAAUGACAAUUUUUACCAUUUUUUGGGAUUUGCCUAAAAUCUGAAAAACUACUAAAGAUAGGGACACCUUUAAGAUAUUCUUUGUUUGAUGUUGCCUACCCUUGCCUUCUAGGGUUGGGUGGGUAGGAAGGUAGGGAUUUUAUUUUUUUUUGACCUACAGCAUUAAGACAAAAAAAAAAAACAACAGAGCAGGAAAAAAUCUUUAAAAAAAAAUGAGACAAUUUGUGUCAUAAAUUUUUUUCUAAUAGGCUGCUUUCUGCUAAUUCAGGUGGGAAUGCAGGCAACAUCAGACAAUUUAAAUUUAUUUUUUGGCCUAGGUAGAAACUAUAAACAGCAUAAAUGAUCAGCAAGACAAGAUCUACAAAUAAGUCCAAUAGCUGAUUUCUUCUGUAGACUGGUUAUUGAAGUUAUUUUUUUUUACCCUCUUUUGUGUUUGGGCAAAAACUAAAUAAGAUAGAGAGAAACUGUAAACAGCAGUCUACAAUGUUGAAAAUGCACAUAGACCUAGGUGAGCGACAUGGGCUCUUUAGAGCCUUAUGCUUUAUGUUGAGAUGGGUAUAAAGGAAAACUUUACCUGUUAUGAGUUUUUUUUUUAAACAUUUGAUUUUGCCAAUCAUGACAAGUUGUGUCUUGCAUAGGUCCUUUUACUGGCCUAUUGGCUUAUGUAAAUUAUGUAUUUUUAGCUCACCUGGCCCAAAGGGCCAAGUGAGCUUUUCUCAUAACUUGGCGUCCAUCGUCCCUCGUCUGUAAAUUUUUACCAAAAUCUUCUCCUCUGAAACUACUGGACCAAAUUUAACCAAACUUGGCCACAAUCAUCAUUAGGGUAUCUAGUUUUAAAAAUGUGUCCGGUGACCCGGCCAACCAACCAAGAUGGCCGACAUGGCUAAAAAUAGAACAUAGGGGUAAAAUUUAGAUUUUGGCUUAUAUCUCUGAAACGAAAGCAUUGAGAGCAAAUCUGACAUGGGGUAAAAAUGUUUAUCAGGUCAAGAUCUAUCUGUCCUGAAAUUUUCAGAUGAAUCGGACAACCCAUUGUUAGGUUGCUGCCCCUGAAUUAGUAAUUUUAAGGAAAUUUUGCCGUAUUUGGUUAUUAUCUUGAAUAUUAUUAUAGAUAGAGAUAAACUGUAAACUGCAAUAAUGUUCAGCAAAGUAAGUUCUACAAAUAAGUCAAGAUGUCCAAAAUGGUCAGUUGACCCCUUAAGGAGUUAUUGCCCCUUUAUAGUCAAUUUUUAACAAUUUUUCGUAAAUUUUUGUUAUCUUUUACAAAAAUCUUCUCUGAAACUACUAAGAUGAAUUUAACCAAAGUUGUAAACAAUGGUCAUUAGGGUAUGUAGUUUAAAAAUUGUGUCUGAUGACCCCGCCCAUGAACCAAGAUGGCUGACAUGGCUAAUAAUAGUACAUAGGGUAAAAUGCAGUUUUUGGCUCAUAUAUCUAAACCCAAAGCAUUUCGAGCAAAUCUUUCAAAACCAAAUUGUUCAUUAGGUCAAGAUCUAUUUGCCCUUAAAUUUUCAGACCAUUCAGGCAACCCGUUGUUGGGUUGCUGCCCCUGAAUUGGUAAUUUUUAGAAAUUUUUUCAGCUUUUGGUUAUUAUCUUGAAUAUUAUUAUAGAUAGAGAUAAACUGUAAACAGCAAUAAUGUACAGCAAAGUAAGACCUACAAAUAAGUCAACGUGACCAAAAUGGUCAAUUGACCCCUUAAGGAGUUAUUGCUCUUUAUAGUCAAUUUUUAACAAUUUUCAUAAAUUUUGUAAAUUUUUACAAAAUAAUUUCCACUGAAACUACUGGGCCAAGUUCAUUAUAGAUAGAGAUAAUUGUAAGCAUCAAGAAUGUUCAGUAAAGUAAGAUCUACAAACACAUCACCAUCACCAAAACACAAUUUUGUCAUGAAUCCAUCUGUGUCCUUUGUUUAAUAUGCACAUAGACCAUGGUGAGCGACACAGGCUCUUUAGAGCCUCUAGUUUUUAUCUCCCACUACAGAAGAGUGAAUUGAAGUAUUAUCUGAUUACAAACCCUGAGAUGGUCCAAUUUGUUAUACAGUUAAACCUUUUUGUUUAAAACUAUUAAACAUGAAAAACAGGAUCAGUUUUUUUUUAUUCAGUUUCAAAAACAAUUGUUCUAUGAAUUUUCAUCUUUGAUUGAUUGAUUGACUGUUGCUUAAUGUAUUUUGGAGAAUUGAGUGUAGGUGGCAGAUCAUAUUGUUUCUGUUUAACUUAUUCUCAGUUUUUGUCGAGCCUGCAAAAUUUAUUUCGCAAAAGCGAGACAUUGCGAUCCUAGAUUCCGUCAACGACGUCAGCAACAUUUAGGUUCAGUCUGUGGUUACAGUUUUUUUUAGACAUCAAUAACUUUGUCAAAGCUACAUGGAAUUUUAUGAAAUUAGGACAGAGGCUUGUUUAUGACCAAAAUACAGUGUCCAGAGCAAAAUUUUGAAAAUAUUUUUUUUUUAAAUUUUCUGUAUUUUACUGAUAAAUGGACUUAGUUUAAAGUUAACAUUCAUAUUUAGUCUGAGAUUCAAGUGAUUUAGUCAUCAAUAACUUUGUAAAACUGUCAAGGAAAUUUAUGAAAAUUGGAUAGAAGCUUGGUUAUGACCAAAAGAAAGUAUCCACAGCAAAAUUUUGAAAACAUUUAUUUUCAUUUUUCCGUAUUUUACUGAUAAAUGGACUUAUUACAUUGGUUGCAAUGAAUUACAUUGAUUUCCCAGUGAAAUAAAAACCGAUAAUUUCACAUGUGAAAUAAACAUGGUUAUUUCACUCCUCUGACGCGCGUAUGUCAUACAACAAUAGGCAUUGUCAAGACGUCAAUAACGUCGGAUCAAAACAAAUUGUGAAUGCGUAGAAAAAGAUAUAGUUCCUUACAUUUUCUACUUUAAUUUCAUAAAAAAAAAAGCCAUUUGCCAAUGUAAUAAAAAGAAUAACUAAUCAAAGAGUUCAAAUAUAAAAAAAUAUUCAACUCGUGACAGAACAACACUAAUAAUUAACUUAUGCGCUACGCGCAUUCGUGAAUUAAUGUGUUGUUCGGUCACUCGUUGAAUAUUUUUCUCUAUUUGUAUUCUUCGAUUAGUUAUUCUAUAAUUAAGUUUUUUUUUACAGUUAACAAGUACAUGUAGAUACAGUCUGAGGUUAAAGUUUUUCAGUCAUCAAUAACUAUGUCAAACCUUCAUGGAAAAUUAGGAAAUGUGGACAAAAGCUUAGUUGUAACCAAAAUAUAUUAUUCUGAGCAACAUUUUAAAAAUAUUUAUUUUCAUUUUUCUGUUUUUAACUGAUAAAUGGACUUAGUAUUUUUUUACAUUUAACAAAUAGAUGCAGUCUGAUGAAUAGACUUAGUGUUUUUACUGUUAACAAGUAGAUACAGUCUGGGGUUAAAGUUUGUUACACAGAUUAAUUACUUUGUCAAACCUUCAUAGAGUUUUAUGAGACUUUGGCAGAAGCUUUUGAAUGAUUAAGAGAUAAUUUCUCAAGCAAACCUAUGAAAAUAUAUUUUUUUCAUUUUUAGUAUUUUUCUAAUAGAUGGACUUUGUUUUUUACAAAUAACAUUUAGACAGUCUGGGAUUAAAUUUUUUUGACAUGAUUAAUUUGUAAACCUUGAUUGUUAUGAAACUUGGACUGAAGCUAAUCUUCAAGACCAAGAAAGAGCAUCUAAAGAAAAAGUUUGAAUUUUUUUUAAAUUCUCUAUUUUACUGAUAAAUGGACUCUUUCCAAAUCAACUUUACAAUUUAGCAAUUGCAGGCGAGACACAGGGUUCCACGGAACCCCUUACAAAUAUUUUAGAUAUAGAGCUUGACAUACUAUGUAGCUAGUAUUGUAUAGACACUUUGUCGGUUGUUCAAGAUGGUAUAUUGACCUUUUGGUUAUUGUGUCCUUGGGUUACAUGAAAAUCAAGGGGAUACAAUGAGCAGGACAAAUAAAUGGACGACACAUUGUUUUUCUAGGAGUUAUGCCCUUUGAACUUAGAAUUUUUUGCCUUGAUAUACUGCUGCAACAGUUUGUCAGUGCAACUACUCUGAAUUUCUGAAACCACACAACAGAAUUUCAUGAAACUUUGUAGUUAAUGACAUAUAAUUUAGAUGUGCAUAUCAACAGAAAAUUAUGAUUAAAAAAAUGGUUAUUCUAGGAUUUAUGUCCCUUUGAACUUAGAAUUUUGACCUAAAUAUACUACUGCAACAGUUUGUCAGUGCAACCCCUCUGAAACCAUACAACAGAAUUCCAAGAAACUUUGUAGUUAAUGAGGACAUAGUGUGUAGAUGUGCAUAUCCACAAGAAAUUUUCAUCAGUUUACUUUUUUAGGAGUUUUUAGUCUUUGAACUUAAGAACUUGGUGAGACUUUCUUUGCCAAGUGACAAUGUGAGAGCUUGUGGUAUGUGUGCAUGCUCACAACGGAUCUUUCAUUUUACCAUUAUUGGAUAAAAACAGAACUAUCGAAAGCAAUUAUUAUACCCCAUGCAACGGUGCUCACUAAGGUUCUUUAAUUUUUUGUCUGGUCUUCUACGAAAAUCAAAGAAUGCAAGACAGGUAUGCUAAUCUGGCGAUAAUACAAACUAUUUGUAUAUACUUUAUAUUUCAGAAGGUAGAAGACCUGGAUGCUCUAAUACAAUUUAAAAAGAUGCCUUAUGAUAUGAAGUUUCCCUCUGUCAUAUAUCUAUUGUCCUUGAACUCAUUUUUAUGGUUCUGUGACUGCUUAAAAAAACUUUAGUUUUUUUGUCAUGUGAAUUUCUUACUUGUUAUAAGUAAAAGGAUAAUUAUAUUUGGUAUGUAAGACCCUUGAUAUGUCUGCAUGUAAGCCAAGCCUGACCUUGAACUCAUUUUCAUGGUUUACAAGUCAAUGUUAAGUGUUUUUGUCUGUUUCUUAUACUCAUUUCAUGUAUCAGUGAUGAAGGUUAAAAUUAUGUUUCUUAGAUACUAUAAGCAGUAGGUUAACAAUAUUUGGUUUAUAGAAUGAUUGUAAGGGAUACAUGUCCCAUUGGUGGGUUUCAUCUGACCUUGGUGUCGUUGUCGUCCGAAGACACAUUGGUUUUCGCACUCUAACUUUAGUUUAAGUGAAUGAAUCUCUAUGAAAUUUUACCAUAAGGUUCAAUACCACAAAAGGAAGGUUGGGAUUGAUUUUGGGGGUUAUGGUACCAACAGUUAAGGAAUUAGGGGCCAAAAAUACGCAUUUUUGUAACUUCCAGACAUAACUUGUGUGUUAGUGUAUGGAUCUCUCUGACAUUGUACCACAAGGUUCCAUAUCACAAAGGGAAUGCUGGGAUUGAUUUUGGGGGUAAUUGUCUCAAAAUUUUAGGAAUUAGGGGCAAAAAACAAGCAUUUUUCUAGUUUCAUGACAACUUGUGUGUAAGUGUAUGGAUCUUUCUGAAAUUGUACUACAAGGUUCCAUAUCACAAAGUGAAAGCUGGAAUUGAGUUUGGGGGUAAUUACCCAAAACGUUUAGGAAUAAAGGACCAAAAAGGGGCCAAAAAUAAGCAUUUUUCUAGUUUCCUGACAAUAACUUGUGUUCAAGUUUAUGGAUCUCUCUGAAAUUGUACUGCAAGGUACCAUACCACAAAGGGAAGGCUGGGAUUGAUAUUAGGGGUAAUUGCCUCAAAAGUUUAGGAAUUAAGGGCCAAAAAAGGGCAAAAAACAAGCAUUUUUCUAGUUUCAGGACAAUAACUUGUGUGUAAGUGUAUGGAUCUUUAUGAAAUUGUACUACAAGGUUCCAUAUCACAAAGGGAAAGCUGGGUUUGAGUUUGGGGGUAAUUGCCCUAAAUGUUUAGGAAUUUGGGGCCAAAAAACAAGCAUUUUCUAGUUUCCAGACAAUAACUUGUGUUCAAAUGUAUGGAUCUGAAAUUGUACUGUAAGGUACCAUACCACAAAGGGAAGGCUGGGAUUGAGUUUGGGGUGAUGAAUCAUAAGGGGGUUUAAAAAAUUUGGGGGGGGAUUUUUUUUCAUUUUUUUUUCUUUAAAAUUUUCCAUUUUAAAUUGGUUAUUUCUGAUUUAUAUAUCAUGUAUAUAAAAGCAAAUAAUAAUGAUAUGGUUUGAAUAGGUAAAUAAAUUUUUUUAAGUUCUUAGACCACAUUCAUUCUGUGUCAGAAACCUAUGCUGUGUCAAAUAUUUAAUCACAAUCCAAAUUCAGUGCUGUAUCAAGCUUGAAUGUUGUGUCCAUACUUACCCCAACUUUCAGGGUUCGACCUCUGCGGUCGUAUCAAGCUGCGCCCAGCGGAGCAUUUUAUUAUGGUUUGUAGGUCAAUGAUCAGUUUUUGUGUUUUUGUCUGUUUCUCAAAGCAACAGGUCAACUGUAUUUGUUGUAUGGAAUUGUCACAGAAUAGAAGUUCCUUCAUAAUACAAGUUCCAAAUGGAAAAAAUAUUCUGGAAUAUUAUUUCCACUGGAAUAAAUGUUACAGUAUAUGUUCCUAACGGAAUAAAUGGUAAAGAAUAUUUGUUCCAACAGGAACAGAUAUUAUGACUUUGUUUAUAACAAAGUUUCCAUUGGAACUUCUGUUAGGCGGAACAAAUUUACGUUGACAGAAUGAUUGUAAGGUAUACAUAUCUGUCUUGCAGGUAUCAUCUGACAUUGACAUCAUUUUCAGGGUUCAUUGGUCAAUGUUAAGUUUUCAUGAUUUCGUCUGUUUCUUCAAGCAAUUGGAUAACAAUUUUUGGUAUAAUGAAUGAUUAUAAGAUGUACAUGUCUAUCUGGUAGAGUUCGUCAGACCUUGACCUCAUUUACAUGCAUCUUUGAUAAUGUAAUGUUUGUGAUACUUGUAGUAAAACCUUCACUGUAAAAACUAUCAACAUAAAUUGAUCAUGAUCAUUAAAGCAGACAAGACAUAUCAGGGUGCACACGCUUUUAAUUAAUAAAUAAUUAAAAGGAUUGAAGGGUUGUAGUAGCAUUGACUGAGGUCAUUUUUACUAUAAAAUGUUUCAGUGCUUCAUACAAAUGUGCUAUGGUCAAUUCUUUUACACCCCAAUAAAACUGAAUCCAGAAGCAUUUAGUUCUUAAGUAUUUCCUCUCAAUAUUGCACUUGACACAAUAUAAUGUUUAAUCAUAUGGCAUAGUUGUUUACCAUAAGCAAUUCACAAUCAUCAACAUAAUUCUUUAGUCACCUUUAUUUCACAUGCAGAUUACACAUACUUAAGUUUACAAAUUUUCAAAAAUCAGAAACAAAACAACAUAGCAAAUGAAUUUCAAUGAAUUUGAAUUGGACACAAACCCUAUAUAGGCAAAACUUAACAAUAUGAUUGAAAUGUAAAUAUGUAAUCUUCAAAUGAAAUUAAGAAUUGUGUAGUGUUCAUAUCUGUUAACUGGUCAUAUUAGAUAUUGGGAGAUGACUUAAUAAACUAGAGGCUCUGAAGA